AUGGGAAGCCUCCAGCUCCCACGAGGCAGAAAAGUCGGCAAUGUCAUUGCUGCCCUCGUCUCUAUCGGCUUCGUCGUAGUCUUUGUCAUCUCGCUCCUAGUGCUCUACAACUACGCGACCAACUACGUCCGAACACACUUCCCGACCCUGCGCAACAAGCGCAUUUGCUUGCUGAUCGCACACCCCGAUGAUGAAGCCAUGUUCUUUGCGCCCACCCUGCUGGCCCUGACCCCGCUGGAAACGGGAAACCACGUCAAAAUCCUGUGCCUGUCCAGUGGCAACGCAGCCGGGCUAGGGGAGACACGUAAAAAAGAAUUGGUCAAAAGCGCAUUGAUGCUGGGACUGAGGCACGAGGACGACGUGUUUGUCCUUGAUCUCCCCGACUUCCCAGACAGCAUGACGACCACGUGGGACGCCGAUAAGAUUGCCGCACUCCUCGCCUCGGGCCUCGCGCCGCAACUCUCGCAGCCCAACUCGUCCGUGAUACCCCGCUCUCCUUCAUCCCCUACUUCAACACCGACUGCCAAUAUCGACGUUCUCGUUACCUUCGACGCGACGGGUGUCUCAUCCCACCCGAACCACACCUCCCUCUACCACGGCGCCUGCCGCUUCAUCGCUGCCCUGAUCUCACCCGACGGUUCGUGUCCAAUCGAUUUGUACACGCUGACUUCGCUGAACGCGGCACGUAAGUACUCUGGGUUUCUGGAUAUGUUCGCCACGAUCGUCGGAGUCAAGAUGAGCGGGAAGGCAGAAGAGAAGAACAAGAUGGGCAACCCGGCAACACUGGUGAGCUUCAGCGACUUGUUUGAGGGUAGAGAAAGUAUGGCGACUGCACGAAAGGCCAUGACUAAUGCGCACUUGAGCCAGAUGGUCUGGUUUCGGUGGGGUUGGAUUACGCUGAGCCGAUAUAUGGCCAUUAAUGACCUGAGACUGGUGAGGGUGAAGAGCAAAGAACAGCGAUCGGCUAAAUAA